AUGCGUAAACGAAGACAGAAGAGUGAGAAGACAGGCUCUUGUCUUCGUGUGUGUCCCUUUGAUGCCGUGAAGAAGAAGAUUGAGCGGCUGGAGAAGAGUGUGAGUGUGCACCACCUGGCCUCCAGCCACCACGUAUCACCGGUCCUGUUCACCAUGUGCCGUGACCGAGAUGCCAAGAGCGCCAGGGGCGACAAGCCAAGGGGGCAGCCAGCAGACAAGCCCAAGGAUCACCCAAAAAGCGGCUCAAGAAGCUCACAGAUGAUGGAAAUUAUGCAGCCUAUCUCAAAAGGCUCAAGGAACAGCGGCGGCUGAAGCUUGUGGAGAAGCACAGGAGGAUCGUGGAAGACGAGGGAAGUGACUCUGAGAGCGCCGUUGAUGUGGAUGACGAAUUUCGGGUGCCCAAGGAGAUCUGGAACAAGUUGUACAGGUACCAGCAGACUGGUGUGCGCUGGCUGUGGGAGCUGCAUCGGCAGGGAUGUGGAGGCAUAGUGGGGGAUGAGAUGGGCUUGGGCAAAACCAUCCAGACCAUUGCCUUCCUGGCAGGACUCAGGCACAGCCGGCUGCGCACCCUGGGUGACAGCUUUACAGGCCUGGGCCCUGUGCUUCUUGUGUGCCCGACAACUGUGAUGCAUCAGUGGGUGCGAGAGUUCCACUGCUGGUGCCCCCCGCUGCGUGUCGCCAUUCUGCAUGAGUCGGGCUCCUUUGCUGGUACCAAGGAGUCCCUGGUGAAGCAAAUUGCCAAAGAGAAUGGGGUGCUGGUCACCUCAUACGCCUGUGUCUCCAAGAUGUCGGGGUUGCUGCUCAAGCACGAUUGGCAUUACGUAAUCCUUGAUGAGGGCCACAAGAUACGCAACCCUGAUGCUCAGACCACGCUGGCCUGCAAACAGUUCCGCACUCCUCACCGGCUGAUCCUGUCUGGCUCGCCCAUCCAGAACAACCUGAGGGAGCUGUGGUCCCUGUUGGACUUUGUCUUUCCGGGCAAGCUGGGCACCCUUCCGGUCUUCAUGCAGGAGUUUGCUGUCCCAAUCACACAGGGUGGCUACUCCAAUGCCUC